AUGGUGGCGGGAAGGCCUGCUGUUGCAGCAUCAGGUCGGUGGCUGGAUGGUAUUCGAAGGUGGUAUUACAAUGCUGCAGGGGUCAAUAAACUGGGAUUAAUGCGAGAUGAUACGAUACAUGAGGAUGAAGAUGUAAAAAAAGCCAUAAGGAGGCUUCCUGAGAACCUUUAUAAUGACAGCAUGUUUCCCAUUAAGAGAGCACUAGACCUGACCAUGAGACAUCAGAUCUUGCCUAAAGAGCAGUGGACAAAAUACGAAGAGGAUAAAUUCUACCUUGAGCCAUAUCUGAAAGAGGUUAAUUGGGAAAGAAAAGAGAGAAGAUUGGAUGAAGGAUGGCAGCCUGAAUAUGGCAAACUUGACAACAUAACUCGGUGA